AUGGGACGCGGCGGCGGCGGCGGCGGUGGCGGAGGAGGAGGCGGCGGCGGAGGGAGCUGCCCCCUCACAUGGCCUCGGCUGGCUGACGGGCGGAGGGCGCGCUGGCCAGCCUGUGGCUGCGGAACCCGGGCCGCGGCGCGCGGCGAGGGCCCGACUGGGCGUCAGGGAAGCGGCGGCAUCCGCGGCCCGGACUCGCGGCGGCGGCGGCGGCGGCGGCGGCUUCGCCCCAUGUUGGUGGAUUUCCCAGGAUGCACCUCCCGCCCCCCUCCGCCGGCGGGCUCGCCCCGCCUCCCCUCGGCGCCCCGCGCUCGCUGCUCACGGGCCUCCGCCGACACCGGCCGCCUCUUAAUGGCCAGCCGGGGCGGGGAAGGCUCGAGGCCUGCCCGGCCCAGCCAGCUCCGGGGACGCGAGGGGCGCCCGUCAGCCGUAGCCCGCGGGCCGCGGACUUCCCGCCGUCCGCUGCUAAUCUUCGAUCCCAAGAUAAAUAUUCCCUCUUCAUUGAUUGAUCCAUCUACCAUCUGGAUGACUUGACAAUAAAUUUAAACUCACUA